AAAUAAUCACAAUUUAUUUUUGUGUUUUCGUUUUAUCAAUUAAAAACAAGAAAACAACAAAUUUUAAUAAUCCACAAUGAAUUUCGGAGGAACUUUAAGAGUAAAUAAAUUCGCAUGUUUUACGUUGGCAUUCAUAUUAUUCUUGAUAAUUUAUUGGCGAUCGGGGGGCUCGAAUUUUCCUACCGAUAAAAGUGAUCUCGUAAAUCUAAAAAGCUUAUUAAAAGCAUCAAUCCACGCAGCCGAACGUGGUGGUAAGAAAGUAAUAGAAGGGAAGAACCACGAGCUGAACGUGAAAAGUAAAGGGAAGACGCAGGAAGGCGCAAACGAUCCGGUUACUGAUGCUGACUACGCUUCACAUUGUGCUAUGUAUUUUAGUUUGAAGAAUACGUUUCCUAAGUUGUCUAUUGUGUCUGAAGAGCAUUCUAAAGCUGACUCAGAUUGUGAGCACCAAGAGCUGCUGGAUACUGAAGCCUUGCUUCCAGGACAUAAAGUGAUUGAUAUCUUGAAUGAUGAGCACGUAUUUGCUAAGGAUGUGACGAUCUGGAUCGACCCACUCGAUGCGACACAAGAAUAUACAGAGUCCUUGUACCAAUAUGUGACUACUAUGGUGUGUGUGGCAAUCCGAGGUGUCCCAAUCAUUGGUGUGAUCCACUAUCCAUUCCCUCCACAAACUUAUUGGGGUUGGUUUACGAAGAAAACUUCAAGCAACAUAGCCAAUGUCCCCCCUCAAGAAGAGAAUAAAGACCAUCCAAGAGUAGUUGUGUCCCGCUCACACCCUGGGAAAGUUGCUGAGAUAGCAAAAGAAGCAUUUGGAGACAAGACAACUGUCACCUCUGCUGCUGGUGCAGGCUUCAAGGUCAUGGGAGUUGUCAACGGUACUUACGAUGUCUACCUCCACGCUACAGCCAUCAAGAAAUGGGAUUUAUGCGCUGGAGAUGCUAUAAUAAAGGCUGUGAAUGGUAAAAUGACAACAGCUAAAGGAGAUUUUAUUGAUUACUCAUCCGAUAAAAAUGUUAAAGUAACUGAUGGAAUAUUAGUGUCUAGGCACGAUCAUGACUUUUAUUUGCAAAAAAUGCCAAAGAUUUUGUCAGCAUUGCCUUAGUGCCAAGUUUGCUAAUGGGUAUUGUGACUUGCUCCUGUUGUAAUGGAAUGUUGUUGAAUGUUCGUAAGAGAGGGUUGAAUAUGUUGAGCGUAUCUCUCGUGUACAAUUUUAGGAUUAGGUGUGAAUUACCUAAUGACUGUUAUAUACCUUUCCAUGUUUUAAUUAAACUUAAUUACAUUUAAUAAAUUCCUAAAUGGUAAUGUUCAGUAUUGUCGGUUGUGUUUAAAAAUUUAAAAUUAAGCAAGUAGACGUUGGCAGGGCUGUGAGAUGUUUUUGGCUUGUUAGGAAUUGAAUGUGACGGUAAUAAAUAAAUUAUGUAAAUCAGCUAAUUUGUAUGUAUUUAAAUAGAGUUUAUGUAUAAAGCAGAAAUAUUUUCUCACCUAGUGAUAGAUUUAAAUUUAUGUGAAUAUUAACAUAAUCGGCAAUCUAUAGAACAACUUGUUUUAGGCACUAAAUGACAGUUAUUAGUGUUAGAUGCCUUGCUAUCUAGAUUCAGUAUAUUGAUAAAUGUAUUGACCGGUUCUAUUGUAAAUAUCAUCUCCUAUUAUUAUUAUUAAGUUAUUGAAGUGUUGUUUGUGCAUAUUGUUUUGUUUUUUUAUUGCUUUUAUUUUUUAAUUUAUUUAAUAUAUUUAUCAGACUUGCAAUGAAUUACCCAUAACAUUGAAAUGAUAUUUUGUAAGUUUUUAUAGCUGGUCAACUGGUUAAACUCCUGAUUUUCAGUUACACAGAUUAUUGUUUUGUACAAUUUAACAGAUAUCAUUUAUUGAGGUGUUUCUAAUUAAAACAUUUUGUCUAUUUUAAGUAUUUUCCAGAUUGUAAAUAAUUAUGUUAUUGCAUAAUUAAAAAUAUUUUAGUAAAUAAAUAAAAAAAUAAUAAAUA